CGCAGUGCCGCACCGCUUCGCGCGCGUGUGUCUUGUUCGUUCAUCUCGCUCGCCCGUUCUCAAUCCCUAGCUGCCCUCGACCAGGUCGCACGAUCGCCCCCGCCGCCGGCGACGAAACCCUAAGCGCAGCGGUGUUAUCAGCCGAGGUGCCAUUCCUUCCCAGAGGCCGCUACCCCCGUGAUCCGGCCACGAUCCUAGCGAGCAGCAUCAGGAGGUGGUGGUGGACGGGGAGAUGGUGGCGGCAGCGGAGGAGAAGCAAGGGGUCGGCUCCAUCUUUUCCUGUAUCGACAAACAUGGUGAUGAGGCUUCAGAGCCACCUAUUCUUCACUGGGACGACGUCUGCCUAUCGGACAGCGACGAUGAUUUAGUUGACCGGCUCAACUUGUCCGACUUGGCCGGCUUGGCCCUGGCGCACUCUGACGACGAGGAGGAAGGGGUGACAGACGGCGAGGAGACAAAUUGCCCAGGCAGGUCAUUGUCCAGAUAUGCGACGAUUUGAUCUCCAAAGUAACCAAAAACGAUUAAUUGCCGAUUGAUUGAUGCUACAUUGAUUAUAGCCUGCAGGGAAGAAAUUUCCCAGGGAGAAAGCCAAACUGAUACAGAGGGUGUGGGUAAGGAGUGACAUCAAACAGAACGAAGAACACAGAGAGCUGUGCAAGAUGCUUCUAGAUCUGGGACAUGAGUGGUCUGCCCUUCCUCCUUUUCCUAUGAAAGUAUUCCCUCAGGCAAUAGGCGCAUGCGUUUUGCGGGGCUACUGUCACCACCGUAUAUACAAAACCCAUGAUACUUCCACCACUAAAUCAACUCUUGGAUACCGCGAACCAAAUCGGAUGCUACAGGUAUUCUCGCUGCGUUUGUCAAGCUCUACAUCAUAUCCUGUUGGUGUCUAUGGAAUAAUCGCCGUUCGGGAUUCCUUGGAGCCUCUGAGGAAUUACGUCUUUAAUCGUCCCUGCAGAGAUGAUGUUGUCACCAUUGACCAGGAUUCCUUUACCCUACCUCUUUGUAGCCCUUGUCGAGGAAUGUACUUACGGCAGGAUGCAUUACUAGAAGUUGAUCUGUGGGUAAAGGAGGAAGGGGAUGGAUCGGCUGACAAACAAAUACUUUCUGUGUAUGCUGAGAUUGAGAGCUGCCCAGCUUAUGAUGAAAUGCUAUAUGGACAGAUUCGUACUGGCCUGUUCAGCUUGGACAUAGGCUACAUAUCAUUUACAAGAAGUAUCGAGGCCGUAAUAGAAGUCUUGGCAAAGGUUGAUGGUCCUCAUCAUGUGAGAUUUGGUGCUUUCAGCAGUGGCUUUGAUCAUGAGAUUGUGUUGUUUGAUGACACAUUCUCUGGGACUAAGAUGCAGUUUCAGCAUGUAGUCGUGGUGAAAGCAGAGGAAAAAUUGGAUGUUUGCUUAAAGUUGGGGGAAUCACUCUUUGGCUGGGCUUUCCAGGAUGGACAUGUUGGACCUGUUAGGAUUCCUGAUGACUCUAUGUCAAAGUAUGGCCAGUUUGAUGUGAGGGUGUUCUUUGCCCCUAAGAACUCGCGACCACAGAAAUAAGUGAAGAAGACACCCCGUGCUGGAUUGUGCGUUUUAUUUUCUCCUAACUAAGUACCUCCUGAGUGUUUUUUUUUUUUUGUAAUCUAUAAACCCUCUGUGUCAAAACAACAGAUGUUUGAGGUCAGA